AAUGAGUGGUUUUUUCAAGUAAAAGCAACUAAAUGAUUAUGAAUGUAUUAUUUUAAAAUUCAUUUAGUUAAAACUCCUAAAAAGGUUUAAUAGUAAUAAUAGGAAAAUAUCUCGACGAUAGAAGAAUUUGGAUUAAAAGAUUCUCCUUAACUAUUCCAAAAUAAAUCAAUAUAAACUUAAAAGAACGAAUAAAAAUUGGAAGAAAAAGUCAACAAAAUAAUAAGACGAAUCAAAUUUGAUGAUGACCAACUCGUCAUUAAGAAAGAUCAAUCCAUUUUUAGAUAAAAAAGAACAACUAAUAAAGAGUAUAAAGGUAUAGAAUAGGUUAUAAAAAUUAGUUAAUUCAUCAUACACUUUAGAUUUGAUAAAUUCAAUAGAAAUAAGAAGAGACAAUGUAAUAGUAAAUAAAUUAGAGAAAGUAUAAACUUCAGAACAGUAAAUAUAAUAUCCUAAAAUUCAUUAGUUUAUAAUAAUAAUAUUAGAAUAUCAGAAAUGAAUCAAUUACAUGUAGAUGUAAAAAAACAAAAUGUAUAAAAUAUUAUUGUGAAUGUUUCUAAUAUGGAUAAGAAUGUUCAUUUAAGUGUGAAUGUUCUGGAUGUUGCAAUAAAUAAGUAAAAUAAUCAAGUGGUAAAAUAUAAUUGGUAAGUCCUACCAUAGAAUAUUAAGGAUGUAAAUGUCAAAAAUAAAAGUAUAUAUAUAUUAUUAUAUAAUCUAUAGUUGUUCAAAGAAAUAUUGUGAAUGUCUUAAGAGAAAUCAAAGAUGUACAGACCAAUGCAAAUGCAUAGAUAAUUGUAGCAAUUAGCUUCAUUAAAUUAAACCUUAAAUCUUAGAUUUUAGCUAAUUAUUAAGUCAAUUUGAAGACAGGACUUGA